CAGUCAGUCACUCUGUUGUUACUGGUUUCAUGGAACGCCACGCAUCGAGCGCCACAAGAUAAUCGCUUGUAUUCUGAGGAGUGUUUUUAUUCCUUUCAUGAUACACAUCGUGUUAUAUUCACGGAUAGAAAUUAUUGCCCGCAGUUGACGCAGCGCGUUGAUUGAAAGUUGUUUAAAAGAAAAACCACAGUAGUAUUGUAUAUUUCGUGUAAUAUUUCGACAACUCAUACGCAGAACAAAAUUGUGCUUCGAAGUGGAGUCUGGCGAGGCCGCACAGCCAAGAUUCUAAAAAGUUGACAUUGGAACGGCCAUUUUGGCGUGUUUCCGAAUCGAGUGCUGUGUUCAGCAUCGAUAUCCAUCCAUUUCAAGAAGAUAAAGACAUUGCAAAGCCUGCAAUAUGAUGACCGAAAAUCAUAUUAAUUCUAACCACAUGCUGAAUUCCGGCUUGGGUCCAAAAGCAGAUCUAGAGAAAAUGGACGAUAUAGGCUGGAAGGCCAAACUGAAAAUUCCGCCCAAAGAUAAACGCAUCAAAACAAGUGAUGUUACGGACACACGUGGCAAUGAAUUCGAGGAAUUCUGUUUGAAGCGUGAAUUAUUAAUGGGUAUUUUUGAGAAAGGGUGGGAAAAGCCAUCACCAAUACAGGAAGCAAGUAUUCCAAUAGCUCUAUCCGGCAAAGAUGUACUAGCCCGAGCUAAAAAUGGUACAGGCAAGACUGGUGCAUACUCGAUCCCCGUACUGGAACAGAUAGAUCCACGAAAAGAUGUAAUUCAAGCAUUAGUCAUAGUCCCUACUAGAGAAUUGGCACUGCAGACAUCCCAAAUAUGCAUUGAGCUUGCAAAGCAUAUGGACAUUAAGGUGAUGGUCACCACUGGUGGGACUAAUCUUCGCGAUGACAUUAUGAGGAUUUACCAAAAGGUGCAAGCAAUCAUUGCAACACCGGGACGUAUCCUUGAUCUUAUGGAUAAAAAUGUUGCAAAUAUGGAUCAUUGCAGAAUUCUCGUAUUGGAUGAGGCUGAUAAGCUCCUAUCCCAAGAUUUCAAAGGCAUGUUGGAUCAUGUCAUAUCCAGACUGCCACAAGAACGUCAAAUUCUCUUGUAUUCUGCUACAUUUCCCCUAACUGUAAAGCAAUUCAUGGAAAAGCAUCUCAGAGAUCCAUAUGAAAUUAAUCUGAUGGAAGAACUGACUUUAAAAGGAGUGACACAAUACUACGCUUUUGUACAGGAACGCCAGAAAGUGCACUGCCUUAAUACACUUUUUUCUAAGUUACAAAUCACACAGAGCAUAAUCUUCUGCAAUUCAACACAACGUGUUGAGUUACUUGCUAAGAAAAUAACAGAUCUCGGUUACUGCUGUUAUUACAUACAUGCAAAAAUGGCACAGGCACACCGAAAUCGUGUGUUUCAUGAUUUCCGCGCAGGACUUUGCCGAAACCUGGUUUGUAGUGAUUUAUUCACUCGUGGAAUUGACGUGCAAGCUGUGAACGUCGUAAUAAACUUUGACUUUCCGAAAAUGGCUGAGACAUACUUGCAUCGUAUUGGUCGUUCAGGUAGAUUUGGACAUUUGGGUAUCGCGAUCAAUCUAAUAACUUAUGAAGAUCGUUUCGCUCUACACCGCAUAGAGCAAGAACUAGGAACUGAGAUAAAACCGAUCCCAAAGGUAAUAGAUCCCAGUUUGUACGUAGCAAGAGCAGAAGAGAGUAGCAUUUUGGAAGAAGGAAACGUAUCGAAGUAAUUUGAAAGAUAUUCGUAAUUUUUAAAAAUGCUCAAAGCAUGUUAAGAGAGUGGAAAAGUGAUUUGUUGAGCGCGAACGGAGUGCAUACAUAUGCUUUGAACUCACAUUAAGUGAAAAGUUACUUAAGUCUGAAGAUAGUAAGUCGACUAAUGCUUAGCAGUGUAAAAAAGACAGAAACAGUGCUAUGAACAUUCAUUUAGAUAAAAAGUGAUUUCGAGGGUACGAAGUGAGAAAAUUUCCAACCAUCAUCAUUAUUUAGGCGAAGGGAUGAAUAAGUUACUUGUAAAUAUUAUGCUGAGCAUGUAAUAAUCGCCUACUUCGCUCAGCAAACUCAGUGAUUGAUGUGUUGCGAGUGCCAGUGUGAUGUCAUUCUUUGUACAUAAAUACAUAUACAUGUACAUAUACAAUGUAAACCAGAGUCAAGCCAUCAUCAAGAGCACAAUAUAAAAAAAAAACUAAAAUGAAAAAAAAAAAAAAGAUUAAACGUAAUUAUUGAUUAUUGCAUUUUAACAUGAGUGUAAAUAAUACUAAAGAGAACAAAUGAAUACCCAGCGUAAUUUUAAUAGCAAAUUUUUAUACAAUGGCUUCAUAAGUUCAACAUGAUUUCGUCAUCGUAGGAAAAUUGAGAAAGGGCAUUUGUGAUAUGAAAUUCUUCUUGCUGAAUGAUAUUUCGAUUUUUCAUCUGCUACAUAAGCCCAUUCUUUCUUUACGCUCUAACUUGAAUGUAUUCAUUUUUGGAUUCUGGUACAACGAUUAUCAAAAUGUUACAUAUGAAAUAAUAUUACUAGUUGAUUGUGGCUUGAUUUUGUUGCCUAAUUAUGUCAUACAACUCUGAAAUUCAAAUCACUAUCAUAAAAACGUUUAUUUUGUGUUUAUUCAAACCGUAUAUUGUAAUUAUAAUUUUUUUUUUCUUGAUUUGAACGUGAUUCAAUUUUGUAAAGUAUUGUGAUUGAGAAUCAGACGUUGUAAAAUUGACUAGUUUUAUACAAUUAUUUUUAUAAAUAACUGGCUGGUGGAAUUUGUAUCAAAUUCUUGUCAUUUUUGUCUACUCUCCGUGAGAUUCAGACUAAGCAGCAGAGAAAAAAAAUAAGAAAUUUUCAUGGAAUCAGUGUUUCGCGCAAUUCACACAGCAUACAUACCUAUGUAUCAUCUUAUCAUAAUCAAAAACUCGAAAACAAAAUAACUCAAAUAAAUGAAACCACCAGCCUAUGACCUAGAUUUAUCAAAUGAACUACAUACACAACAAUAGGCAAUAGUUGAACGUUUCAUAAUUAACGCAACAAAGGUUAAAUAUGAGAUAUUUAUACUCGCAAAAUGGUUUACAAUGUCUUUGCUCAUAUAAUUUGGAUGGUGCUUAACGAUUCCGAUGUUGAAAUUAAUACAGGCACUCGCGAGUAAUGGUCCAAAGCUAUCAAAUAUUAUACCACCAAAUACUCGUAGUAUUUAUUAUAUUUCCGACCCAAGUUCACGGUUGAAGUAAAGUACGAAAACUAAGAAAAAAGUGAUGAUCCAUCGAAUGCAUCUUUAAGUGUUAACUAACCAACUAAUUUAUACAGAUGAGCUCAAUUUUGAGAUCUGAGAACGGAAUUGCGAGUCCUUGGCUCACGGAUGACUGCAUGCAUCCGUGCACGUCUUUUAUUUUUCUGAGACAUGUGUCGCUAAGUUAUGCAUGUGUCUGUUAUAUGCAAGUGCGUGCAACAGACCUCCAUGAAGAGAUUUGUUGCAACGAAAAAAACUUGAUACUAGUUUUAUAUCGUGCUCGUACGUUAAAAUGUUGUAUUGAAGUGAUGUUUAGGUACGUUCAUCACGAAAAGAUAAUUGUUCAAAUGAAAUAAGAGGAUCAACAAGUAUCGAUUAGUAGUUCAAAAUAAAUUUUCGCGAUACAAUUCGAUUACUACAAUCAUGCUAAAUCCUCGACAGAAUAUCGCGCACGUGAAAAUAUUAUCUGUAAAACAAUUUUUAAUCAGGUAAUAAAUUUGUACAUAUUAGAUCACCAAAACGUGACACUAGAUUUAGAUUAAAAAAAAAAUUUUCGUCGCACUUGCAUAUUUUUCAAACCGAAGCAGUUUGAAAAUGUAUCAAUGAAAAAAUUUCUCGGGAAUGACAUGUCCAGAUAUUCUGAUUUAUAUUUUUAUCCUGGUAUGCGAUUUACAUAUAGUGAAAAUAGUCCAACUUGAUGCUGCGGCUCGACGUGAAUUAGAGAAGAAAGCGGUACAUGCUACAAUUAAAAGCUCAUCAACACAGAAUGAAAGGGACGACUGAUUACCCGUAUUCUAAUUAAAAAAUUUUAUCUUCGGAAUGAAAUUACUUUCACACACGCGUUAAAUAUACAAUUCGAUCUUUACGCGCAUUCAUCGAUAGUUAAAUUAAUAUCAUUCUGCUUACUGUUUAUUUAUUUAUUUAUUAUUCUUUCAAAUUGAAUGAAUUUAGUCGCUCUGGAUCUUUGCGCCUUAGCCGAAUCGAAAUAAAAGGUAUAUCUUCAUCAAAGUUAUGGAUUCGAAUUGUGUGAGGAAAUAUUGUAAACCAUUCCUAUAAAUAUUAUCAAAAUUAUUUGUCUUGCGCAGUGGUGUUGCCGAAUCAUCGACGCUACUGCAAUUUAAAUGUUUCAAAAGCAUUAGGAGGUUUCCAUAUACCAACAUCAUAUGGAUCAAACAAACAAAUGGUUCUUUGAACAACUGAUUAGUUGACAAUGAUCAAAGAAACUAAUCUUUAAAACAUCUACCAUGAUGUAGCGAUUAUGGUAGAUGUUUAUUGAGAAACAGCAGUUUCUCCACUUUAUCUUAAAAGUGAAGUAAAAAAUUUUGAGAGACCAUCUUCUCUUAUAUACAUAUAUAUCGGUAUCUUCCAAAAACAUUUCUAAAUUUUGGCAUCUGAAUAUUGGUUAUUUAAAUUAAUUUAACACCUCUACACUGCAGAUUUUCAGAGGUACGCUAGAAAAAGAAAAAAGAAACAACUUUACCAUAAUUUUAUUGGGUACUUGUGUUACCUUUACAUUAAUUAUUAGCAUAUGCAGUUUUUUUGUUUUUGCCCCAACAGAGAUUCAGACUUUUUUUUUCGCAAUUUUUAAAUUACUGUAGCUGCAUAUCGACGAUAGUGUCACUUUAUUUGAUUUUAUUUUUCGUUUUUUGGCCGUAAUCUCAGUAUAUUCUGGUACACGAAUCCCCCUUCAAUUUAGAUUAUCACUCCUGCGAAAUAAUUGUUGACUAGUUACCUCUAGAUUUAUCUAAUUCCCGGUUAUUCGAAUCAAAUAUCUUUCUCCAAAAAUUAUAGUAAAAAAAGAAACCAAAUGAAUUUAAACGAGUUCGUCAACUUUCUGCACAGCACAUAGACCAGGGUCUACAUAUAAUUUUUUCUAACGCAGUUUUCCCGUCUCUUUUAGCUUUAAGAAAAACUGCAAACGAAUGAAAAAAAAAAAAUAUGGCGAUGAUAUUAAUAAUUAAUAACAAUGCCGGAAACAAUUAUUGUUUCACAUAUUUUACUAUAUUUGAAUGUACAAAUAUAUUUCCAUCAGAUGAUUUAUCUUUUUUUUUGUCUUCUUUCUCUGUCUUUCUUUCUAUUUCUUUUCAAUCUUUCUUUCUCACUUUCUUUUAUCUGUGUAGAUGAAUUUCUAUAAAUUUUGCAGACGUGGCACUGUAGAUCAUGAAUUUGUAUAAUACUAUCAUUUUAUGUUAAAAAUUCAAAUCGAGUAGGAAAAGCAAUUCGUUUUUUCUAUUAUUAUUUCCUACUCUGCAUAUGAACAAUACGCCACUAGACUGCGUUCUUCUCAUAAAUAAUCCCAUGUGCAAAUAUGGUGUUCAUUCUGUCGUUUAUCAAGUAAAUUUUAUAAGUUGCGAAAGGCGAAGAUCUUCUGUCUCUAGUGGAUCUAAUAUAACGACACACAAAAUGAAUUCAGCUAAUACGACGAGCAUGCUCUUUGAAACCAAAUUCUUGUAUAUUAGGUGUAUUGAUUCAUACAUACAUAAAAAAAAUUCACUUUCCAUCGGAUGAUAAAUUUCUUGCCGUCCAUGACAUUUGUUCAAAAAAAAAUUUGCGCCUUUCGCACUUCAUAUGGGAAUAAUAAUUCUGUUGAAUGAUAAGAGCAAAAAUGUUGAGAAAAAAUAUAAUAAAAAAAAAAAAACUAAAAAACGAAAACAAGAAAAAAAAUGUAAAACGUAAAAAACUCUCGAUAACAAUAAAACGAUCAAAUUAUUUGAAAAAUCUCCAUUGAUACACCACUUUGAUACCGAAUCAUAAUUUUUACGUUGAUUACCCACGAAUACGUAUACACAUAAUGCUUUGCGUCAAGAGGCAGACGUUGGGAAUAAUCAAUAAAUUGAAUAGAAAUAAUUGAUGAACGGUUCGAGUUUGUGAUGGCAUUGUUGGAAUAUUUAGGUUGUAAUAAGUGUAGCGAUGGGCUUCUAUCUCUUGAUGCAAUGUAAAAUAGAAGUGGUAUAUGUGUUUAUGGAUUACUGUAUUCUGACCAACAGGCUAUGGAGUCAAUGGGCAUUGUGUCAAUAUUUUAUCAGCCAAUCUGACCUUUGUAUAUUAAUCAUAUAUUCCUUGCCAUACAUACAUAUGUAACAGGUAUUGAUGAAAAUUUUUCGAAGAUAAUUAUUAUUUUACUAACGUACUGUAGGCUCCACAUCCGUAUUAUAAAAAGAAAAAGAAUCUCGGUGUUGUGUAAUGAUAUUGCAGCGAAAAUCUCUCAAAUUUGGCAAUAUGGUAUGAAACCAGACUCUAUGUGAAGAUUAAGAGAAAAAAAGUGAAUUUUCUAAGUUGCUGGUAUGAAUGUGAAAUAUCAUGUAUAAUUCCAAGUUGAAAAUCUCAACCCACGACGCACUGAUAAAAAUUUGAAUCAUCUAUUGUGUAUUAUAUGUAGGUCAUUUUCCAUUUUGCUGUUUGUUCAUCGAUCGAAUCAAAAUUUCGUUCUCAGACGUACAUGAUUUGACCAACAGCGCUGGCUGCUGAUUAAUAUUUGAUAAGAUAUCGAAUGUACGGUAAACUGAUUGCGAAUUUGAAAAAACUGUCAUUUCAAAUACGGAAAUUUAAAUUUUUCGGAUAAUAAUUCCGACAGACAGUUAUUCAUACCUCAUACGUACUAUUGUAUUGAAAUUAUUACACAUUCGUACCAGUAACAUCAUUUACCGAUUGAAACCAAAAAAUUGAUUUGCCUAUUCGUAUCACAUUCCUGUAUUUUCGAUUUCCUUCACUAGAGACGGAAGUUUCACAGCGCCUGUUCAGAUUGUUUUAUAAGUUCACGAAGAGCGGCUAAUAUAUAUGGGGAUGAACAGAAGUGCUAAAUUGCAUUAGCGAACAGAACCGAAAUUCAAGCAAACUACAAAAAAUUGAAAACGAAAAAAAAAAUUGGGGCUAUAAAAGACUAGACUAGACUAUGGAGAAUUACAAAACGACAUUAGUGACGUUCAGUAUUAGAUGUUUCAUCGAAAACGUCAUGCGUAAUCACAGAAUCAACACUGGUACAAUUAUUAGUGAAAACCAUUCGAAUAGAAACAAAGUAGAGGAAAAAUCUUCCCGAUUAUUCACAGCCUCUAAUUCAUCAUUCAUUCAAUCAAAUCAUUUCCAAUCGAAAAAACAAUCGUAUGACACUCUGGCAUAAAAAUAAAUUACCCCAUGAUUGUUCAAAAUGUUCGGCCACAUAUGAUUCUUCCUUUGAUUGCAGGAAAUAUUCAUUUGAAAGAAAAAAAAACCUGAAAUAGUAAAUUGGGGGAAUACGUAGUGAUUGUGAUUAAAUAUGAGUUCACUUUUGUGCGGCCAAGCGAAUCGCUAUUGUUUUCCAUUUUUUUUUUCCUCAAUUUUCUUUUUAUUUCUAUUCAUUAGAAGACCACCCUAUGACUGUGGGUAGGGAAAAGUGUAUUGUAAAUUUUUUUAGUCAAUGCGAGUGUCCGUCAUACGUGUAAUUGAAUUGUGGAAAACCGAUGUAGUUUGGCCGGUGCAGCCAGAUACGCUCCGCACCGAAAAUACGGACGUGUCAUUCAUCCGUAUAAUCUCGCAUUGACAAUCAAAAUGUAACACUUUAUCUCUACCGUAACAACGUCAACGAAUACGUAUAUGAAUGAUACACCUGUAUAUGUUUUAUGGCUUAGAGGGUACAUGUGAAAAAAAAAAAAACAACAACAACGGAUCAAAAUAUGAUACGUCAUUCAAUGCGAAUAAAAAAUUUUCGAAUAAUGAGAUUAUGCAGCAAAAAAAAAUCAGUAAUGUUAUAAUCAAUUGAUGAUUGAUUUAACGUCUCCAUUCGAAGAAAGAGCAAAUGAUUCUUCAGAGCAGCUACAAUUGAAACAAGCAAAAAACCAAUCAUCCAACCAACCAACCAACAACAAAAAAAAUGUAACAAAAAAAUUUUUUUUAAAUCUUACGUUUCAAUGUCACAAGACCAGUUUACGACGUCGUACAUUUAUUAAUUCGAAAAACCGCUAGAAAAUGAUCGAAGUGAACUUUGUCUGUGUGACAUUGAAAAUUCAAAUUUGUCAACCCUAUAGCAUCGCAAUUAGAAGUUGCAGUGGAUAAUGGAACUCAAUAGAAGUUGUUUUUUGUUUUCAUCAAUCAUUUUUUGUUGUCCACUGCAACUUCUAUUUAAAUUUUCUAUCAUGUUCGAAAGGUUGAUUGUAUGUCAUACACCUAUUGUACAAUAUCCCAUAAUCAUGCGUUGCUUCGCAUUUCAGUUACUAUAUUCUCAGUUACAACCAGGCUUGUCUGUUAUACUUUGUCAAUCGAUUUUGUCGAUUAACAUGUAAAAACUAUGAACAAAUCAAAUGUUAUUUUUCAAAUUUAUAUAUACUGUGUAUGUAUAUUUAUUUUUGAAUUUUAAAGGUGGGUUUGUACUAAAUUUUCUUCCAAAUGAUUCUUAAUUUUCUUAUACGUACCUAUACUUGAUUUAAGUUUCGGACAAACCCAGCCUAUAAAAAAGAAAAAGACAAAAACCGAACAGAAAAUGCAUGUCAAAUUAUUAUUUCAUAACAAGGAAACGAAGUUGCGAUGCGUUCGUUCCUGAAUAAAAUUCCGAUUCAACAUAAA